CGGACGGUGGGUACAGAGGUGGCGAAUUUGCAGCCGGAGAUUCAGCAAUGAAUUCUUCAUCGGCCAAGGGUUUCCGCAGGACUGUGUCCGAGCUGGACUCCAAACAGGCUGAGGCGGUGACGUCACCCCAUUUCAUCGGGCGCAGGCAGUCCCUGAUUGAAGAUGCUCGGAAGGAGCGAGAAGCGGCGGCUGCUGCUGCUGCCGAGUCGGCAGAUCCUGGGGAGCAGCUGGUGUUCGAGGAGGAAGGUGGCAGGGCCAUGGUGAACUUAUUCUUCACGGUCCGGGGUACCAAGAGCUCUUCACUCUCCCGGACCCUCAAAGUCUUCGAGACGUUUGAAACUAAAAUACACCACAUUGAAACAAGGCCAUCCAGGAAACCAAAAGAUAAAGAGAUAUUGGAAUUCUUCACCCGUUGUGAAACAAACGUCUCAGAUAUCAGCACCUUGGUCAGUUCCCUGAAAAGAGUUGCAGAUGAUGUAAAAACAACAAAAGAAGAGAAAUUUCAUUGGUUUCCAAAAAAACUGUCAGAUUUGGAUAGAUGUCACCAAUUAGUUACAAAAUAUGAGCCGGAGCUGGAUCUGGAUCACCCGGGAUACGCGGAUGCUCAGUACAGGGAGCGGCGAAGGCAGAUUGCUGAAAUUGCGAUAAAUUAUAAACAUGGCCAACCAAUUCCCAGAGUGGAAUACACCCCCGAGGAAACAGCAACAUGGAGAGAAGUGUUUGUGAAUCUAAGAACUUUGUAUCCAACGCAUGCUUGCGCCGAACACCUGGAGGCCUUCAGACUGCUGGAGAAACAGUGUAAUUACAACAAAGACAACAUCCCUCAACUUGAAGAUGUCUCCUGCUUCUUGAAAGAACACUCAGGAUUUCAGCUGUGGCCUGUUGCUGGGUUACUUUCAGCCCGAGACUUCUUGGCGAGUCUUGCUUUCCGAGUUUUCCAGUGUACACAAUAUGUAAGACAUGCCUCUUCGCCAAUGCACACUCCUGAGCCGGAUUGCUGCCAUGAGCUGCUGGGACAUGUCCCUAUGCUGGCUGACAAGACAUUUGCUCAAUUUUCUCAGAAUAUAGGUCUUGCCUCCCUAGGAGCAACUGAAGAGGAAAUUGAAAAACUUUCGACUCUUUACUGGUUUACUGUGGAGUUUGGACUGUGCAAGCAAAAUGGAGAAAUUAAAGCAUAUGGAGCUGGCCUGUUAUCGUCCUAUGGUGAGCUAAUUCACGCCCUGUCUGACGAACCUGAGUUACGGGAAUUUGACUCUGAGGCUGCUGCUGUGCAGCCCUAUCAGGAUCAAACAUACCAACCGGUGUAUUUUGUAUCAGAAAGUUUCAGUGAUGCUAAAGACAAAUUGAGCUUUUGCACUUAUAGGAAGUAUGCAGCCAACAUCAAGCGGCCAUUUUCAGUGAAAUACAAUCCAUUUUCCAAGACCAUGGAAGUAUUGGACAAUCCUCAGAAAAUCAAGACAUUUUUGGACAAUCUGAAGGAUGACUUACAGUUGCUGACUGAUGCACUCGAUGUUUUAUCCUAACCUCUGCAUGCAAUCAUAGAAUGCAGAUGUACUUCAACUCUGUUACUGCUGCAUUGCUAGCUUCAUCAUUUGUGAGUUGGAUGUUUUAGUGUUCAUUCUGAUGUAGCAACAUAUGUGAACAGGCGUGAACAAAAAGUUCAAGAAAAUGGACAGUUUGCUUCCCUGCCUCUGCUGGUGGUUUUUAUUUCUUUUGCCUCUUGACAUGUGGAACGUUAGAGGAGAUGCAGGCAGGUAAAAUUGAUCAUUAUUGCUGUAGACAAAGGGCUCAUGGUGAGUGGGCAGCUUGCUUAACGUGAGCAAAGAAAAUGAUAAGUAUUGUUGAGUUGGUUAUUGCAACACACCCAACUUGGAUACAAAUCAUGCAAGUGCAUUGUCUGUUUGAAUGAAUGGGGGUCUAACUUUUAUGUUGUGACUGCAAUACCCUUCCCUGAUUGUGUUCUUAAGUGUAGAAAGGGCCGACCUGCUCUCGCAUCCCCUCUUAAAAUUACCUCUCUGUAUAUUUUCUGCUAAAGUGAAUAACUUCAUAACUAUCACAUUAAAAUUGCAUCUGCAAUGCGCCUGCCUGAUUCUAUCCACGUCCUCCUGAAAUUUACUUCUGCCCUACUCAGUAGUUUCCAAGUUGCCAGGUUUCUAUCAUCCACCACAUUGAAAGUUGUGCUCCCUUUACUGAAGUUCAUGUCAUUUAUAUACGUAACAAGAAAAACAGUGGUCCUAAUUCUCAUCAGAGGUAAUGGGAACUGCAGAUGCUGGAGAAUCCAAGACAACAAAGUGUGAAGCUGGAUGAACACAGCAGGCCAAGCAGCAAUUCCCUUUCUGAUGAAGGGUCUAGGCCUGCAACGUCAGCUUUUGUGCUCCUGGGGUCCUGAUUCUCAUCCCUGGGGAACACCAGUGCACACUUAUCUGCAGUCUGAAAAACACCCUCUUUGUCAUAUCCCAUAAGUUAUCUUGCGCUCAUUGUCUCUGUCCAUUUAGCACCACUAUUUUCUGAAUAAGUCUGUCAUGUGGAAUUCUAAUCCACGACUUUUGUAAGCUUAAAUACACAAAAUCUACUGCUGUACCUUUAUUAACUCUCUGCUCCUUCAUUAAAUAUUCAAUCGAGUUACCUCAACAUGAGUUACCUUAAAUAAUAUGUGCAUUGUCUGUCCCUUACUAAUAUUUAAGGCUUAAUCUUGCCCUGUCAAAUAGCUUGGUGCCUUUGUUAAUAAUGUCACAAGGUUCUGCUUUAAAUGCUGUUAGUAUUGAGCUUUGGGAAGUUGACCUGUUUGUACCAGCCCAGGCCAAUGGUCAACCCUCAUUCAGAGUGUGCAUUCUCACUGACAAUCCUGUUGCUGUCAUGUUGACUUAUGCUGUUCUCUGUAUUGUGUGGCAGUGGUCAAGUCUGAUGUCUCUCACAGGAAUCUUCAAUAUUUAACGUAGAAUAUUGGCUCUGGUCUG